ACCGUUGCUAGUCUCACACACAAUGGCUGCAGACCACACUUUGCGGCCGUACUACGACCAUGACACGUUUAACGCUGGCUACUCAGUGAUAUUCAGACCGGGCCUAGGCCUUUAUGACACAGAAACAAAUAAACCAUUAACCCAGAGCCUUUCCUCCAACGCCAUUGAACAGAACAUCAACACUGGCACUUCAGGUCUUCGCAAGGCCUUCAGUCCCGGUUCGGGUAUAGGCAUCAAUGGCGACAAGCGCAUGGGGAUGGCUAUUGGUCCCCUGGGUAUCAAUGCCACGGCAGAUAAGAACUAUGUCUACGAUUUAGAAUUCCAAGAGUACUUUGAUCUAAACAAUUUGCUGGAGCUCUUUAAAAAUUUAGUAUGGAACUUCGUAAAAAACUACUGCAAGAUCGUGGUCAGCCAGCCUUUGGAAAUUGUCAGAUUGGUCUUGCAAGUAGGAGAGUUUAAUUUCGCUUCUAAUGUCAAAAAGUCAAAGCCUCUAGAAACAUCAAGAAGACUUUUGUCCGAUUCCACGGACUUGCUGGAAACAGAAGAGUCGUCUGAUUACGAAAUCGACUAUUUCCAAUCAACUGUAGAGUCUUCGCAGUCAACUUUACGAACAAGACCUUCAACAAAGGCGAAAAAACCAAAGAAUAGAACCAAGAAGAAAACCAAGAUCCAGCCCAUUUCCAUUCAUACAAUGGAUAUUAUGUCUGCAAUCGCUUCUAAGGAUGGUCCUUUUGCGCUUUUCAGAGGGAUCAACGCCUCCUUCAUCCACCAAACAUUGUCACAUACGAUUGAGGCUUGGAUCACCGGUUUUAUAUCUCCGUUCUUGGGGAUCCCAGAUCCUUUCUUCUUGGAUCUAACUCAUUCUAACGAUCCGCUCAGAUCACUCUGGCUUUCAGUAUCUGCAUGUGUAUUAACUGGCUUGAUAUUGAUGCCUUUAGACCUCAUCAAGGUGCGCUUAAUGAUUACACAAUUCAACAGACCAGCACUAGAACCGGUUCCAAGUGACGGGUUGACCUCGACUGAGUCUCUGAUCCACAAUCUAGAAGGCUCUAUUAAACCUAUAGUGAAUACGAGAUCAAUCCGUGAAUCGCUACGCAAUUAUCCCGUUCAAUACUUGUUAGCUCCUCCUCCUUCUAUUGCGUUCUUGACUGUUUUGCACCAGUUUUCCAUCAGCAUUUUCCGGAAAACGGCACCAUACGUGUUGUUCAUCAAGUUCAACAUUGACUCGUAUUCGUCGCCUAAUGUCUACACCGUAGUCAACUUGCUUCUGUUGAUCUUGGAGUUCUUCAUCAAAUUACCAGUAGAAAACUUAUUGAGAAAAGAGCAAGUACGUUUCUUGUUGAAGCCCAAGAGCCUCCAGGAAGACAAGAUGAGAGUAGUGACCAUCGACAACCCUGAAGAAAACUUGAUUGUAGAUUUCAACAGCAGCUGGACUGACUCGAAGGUCGGUGAUGACGAAGAGGCGCAAGAAGCAGAAUCUGUGACAUUCCUACAGAAGUUCCACCGUCUAGGCUUGAUGAACGGUUGGAGGGUUGGUGUGCUUAAUGUGAUUGGAUUCUGGGGCUACAAUAUCCUCAAGAGCAACGGCGCCGAGCUUAGAGAAGAGAGAUUGUGAACAUGGCAGUGUUUUUAAUUUUUAAUUUGUACAUAUCAUAGGAAUGCAAGACUGUAAUU